UGACGUCAACGCUGAAACAGAUUAUUAUGGUAAAGAUGAUGAUAUUAUUCCUCCUCAACUUUCACACUAUCCCAGGGACUAUUCAAGCUCAAAUGAAGACAUGGAACCUGCAGCCACUUUUUUACAUACGCCCGUUUUGGACCUAAAAUGGCCAAACGCCACUGUACCGUAUGUUUUUCAUCAUAACAUGAGAGACUCGGACCGCAAACAGACCGUCAAAGCCAUGAAGGAGUUCCACAAACACAGUUGUAUAAAGUUUAUUGAGUGGACGGGAGAACCUGAUUAUAUUGUAAUUGAAUACUCAAUCCGAGGUGAAUGUUCGUCCCACGUAGGUAGACAGGGAGGACCACAACCCCUGUACCUCAGUCCUCGGUAUGCUCGUAGUGUAGGAGUGGCCAUGCAACUUCACACAUGAACAUGUGAGGUGAAUGUUCAUCCC